UGCAGCUUCAUCGCUAUCAUGGACCAUCAAAUUCUUUUCUUUUCAGUUCUUUUGAGCUUUCUUGUUUCCAUAUUUAUGCUACCGAGAAUAUGGAGUAAAUCAGAACACCCUAAGUCAAAUAUUGCAGCACCACCAGGUCCAUGGAAGCUACCCCUUAUAGGAAACAUGCACCAAUUGAUCGGCUCUUUGCCCCAUCGCCGCCUACGAGAUUUAGCCACAAAAUAUGGACCUAUUAUGCACCUUCAGGUAGGUGAAGUCCCCACGGUUGUCUUUUCUUCUCCAGAAGUUGCCAAGGAAGUAAUGAAAACAUAUGACAUUAAUUUUGCCUCAAGACCAUAUAGCCUUGCCACAUAUAUCAUAUUCUAUAGCCUUAAAGAUGUUGCAUUUGCGCCAUAUGGAGAGUACUGGAGACAUAUACGUAAAAUCUGCACAGUGGAGGUCUUCAGUGGUAAAAGGGUUCAAGCAGCACGACCCAUCAGAGAAGAAGAGGUACUGAAGUUCAUUAAAUCUAUUUCUCUUAAGGCGACGUCAAAAAUUAACCUCAGCGAGAUGUUAACUUGUUUAUCAUUUGCAAUCACAUCGAAGACAGCAUUUGGUGGGAGUAGUGAGAGGCAUGGGGCAUUUGUUCCGCUUGUAAGAAAAAUCAUGGAGGUUAUCGCAGGUUUCAGUUUAGUUGAUAUGUUCCCAUCCAUAAAAUUCUUUCAUAUGAUCAGUGGGAUGAGGACUCGACUUGAGAGCCUGCAUCAUGAAAUUGAUCAAAUACUUGAAAGCCUAAUCAAUGAACAUAGAUUUAACAAGUCAAGAAUCAAUUCUAGCGAUGCUGAUAAUUUUUUAGACAUUCUCUUGAACCUUCAGGAACACGGAGACUUCUCCUUUACAACAGACAACAUCAAAGCAGUUGUACUGGACAUUUUCGUUGCUGGGACUGAAUCAUCGGCUACUACUUCAGAAUGGGCUAUGUCAGAACUACUAAAGAAUCCGAGAUUGAUGGCAAAGGCUCAAGCAGAGGUGAGGCGGGUCUUUGAUAAAGAAGGAUAUGUAGAUGAAGAAGGUCUCGAAGGACUAGAAUUCUUGACAGCAGUUAUCAAAGAAACUCUAAGGUUACACCCUCCGGGUCCAUUGUUAGUUCCAAGGGAAAGUAGAGAUAGAUGUCAGAUUAAUGGAUAUGUGAUACCUGAAAAGACCCGCAUUAUCAUCAAUGCGUGGGCUAUUGGAAGAGAUACCAACUAUUGGACUGAAGCAGAGAGAUUCUAUCCAGAGAGAUUCCUUGAUAGCUCAAUUGACUACAAGGGGAAUAACUUUGAAUUUAUCCCAUUUGGUGCGGGACGAAGGAUAUGUCCUGGGUUGUCACUUGGGAUAGCUAAUACUAAGCUUCCGCUUGCGCAGUUACUAUACCAUUUUGAUUGGAAACUCCCUGAUAAUGUCAAACACGAAGAUCUAGACAUGACCGAAGGUCAUGGCAUUGCAGUUGGAAGAAAAAGUGAUUUAGUCUUAAUUCCCAUUCCUUAUAAUUCCCCUAUUGUUGAGGAAAAUAAGUGAUUGUUCACCUAUAUUACGACAUUCUCGUUUGUUACGUGAUAUUGAAUAAAUAGUCAAGUCUAUGUUUAUGUUGGAUUGUUGUGCUUUGAAAAAUCUCACGAGAUUAUAAGUCAAGUUGUUAGAUUUUGUAGUGUGCUUGUGUCAUGUUGUCAAUUAAUCAAGAUUCAACAAAUCCAGUUGUUAGAUUUUGGGAUAUUAUUUUAUGUUAAAGAAUCAAAAGGUCUAUUUUGGAGUCGAUUGUCUCUAGAAUUAAGAGGAAUGUCCAAGUUAGAGUGGAGAGAUCUAUUAAAUGGGUGCCGCCAGACAUUUUUUGGGUGAAAAUCAAUAUGGAUGGAGAAGUGUGUGCUGUCGAGGAUCGUGCAGCGGCUGGAGGUGUACUCAGAGAUUCAGCUUGGACUUGGUUUGGUGGGUUCUCAAUUGAUACUUGCUCAGUGCUUAAUGCGGAGUUGUGCGGUGUGCUAGUUCGCCUUCAGAGAGCUUGGGAUCUAGGAUUCUGCAAAGUGAUGUUAUAAGUGGAUUCACAGGUUGUGGUGAACCUGUUAAAUAACAUUAUGUUCCGACCAAUGCCCAUUUUCAUUUAAUUUCUUCUAUUAAACGACUUUUUGACCAGAAGUGACAUGUUAAAGUUAUUCAUGUUUAUCGUGAGGCUAACUUCAGUGUUGAUAAGUUAGCCAAUUUUGGCUUUGAUUUGUCUCAGGGAGUGCACUUCUCCUCUUAUCUUCCUAUCAUCUGUAUUCCUUCUCUUUGGGAUGACGUUGUAGGGGUUUCCCGCCCCAGGCUUUGUCCAAUUUAUUAA